AUGGCGCCUAUCAUCGUCCUACCUGCGGAGAACAAAAUGUCAAGUAUCUCAGAUCUCGCCCAGCCUCGCGGAGCCCCUGCGGACGACGCCCAGUUCUCUCGCUGUACCCUUGACCUCUGUUUCAACCUAGCCAGGUGUCCACUCACUCGUCCGUUUUCCGUGUUUGUCUACAACGAUGCAAACCCUCACCUCUUCCCCGUUUCAUCUCGCCACGGUAACGUCGUGACUGAUUUCGUAACAGACUUGAAACGAACAGGUUCUUUCACCUCCGACCCCACCGCUGCGUGCGUGUUUGUGGCCAUCCUUGAAAACCGAGCCAGCUCCGGGGAAGACAUGCCGCGAGAUCUCCAGACCAAGAUACUAUCUCUGGCCCACUGGGGUGGCGAGGGUGCUAAUCACGUUCUGAUCGAACUAUCCACCAGUAGAGAUACCGCGAGCUCGCUGGAUGCAGCUAUCGACGGCGUGCGAUCUAUUUCUCGUCAGUCAUCGCUCCCGGUCAAACCGUGUCGAUCCGAUUCGCAAGUCCUUCUCAUACCUCUAGCCGACUUCGGAAGUAGACGUGGCGAGACGUGCCCCUCUCCUCACCGGUGUCGAGAGAGAACCUAA